CUAAUAUAGUCCAUGGCCUGUUGUGACCUACGUAUAAAACUUUUCUAAAAAGGUUACAUGAAUAUAUUGUCUCAAAUAGUAUAUAAUUAGGAGUUGUAAUCCCUAUUCUAUGAUGAUAUCUUUGAGCUUUAACAUAUCUUAAAACUACCUUUAUAUAGGUGUUUUUUUUAAAAAGCAUCAUAACCAAAAAAGUAAAAAAAAUAUGAUUAAAUAAAAGAAAUCUGAUUUAUAUUUUAAAAUCCUAUUUUAUUUUAUUUUUUUAAAUCGUUAAUUUUUAUCCACCCUGGGAAAUAGAUAAUCUUCUUAUGGUAAUGAGAAGGAAAAAAAUCACGUAGGAAAAAAAACAAUUUCAGGCCUUGAGUCUUGUCCUCGCUGCCUUUCAUGCGCAUCACAGACUGGGGGAGUAUGUGUGUAUGUGUCAUAAUUGUUAAUUAUUUGGUUGAUGAUAACUGAUGAUUUGGCUGUUCACAAGUAUGUGGACUUUGAGUAAAGAUAGCUGACCACCCAGUGUCCAUGUCUCCUAAUGCAGUCCUGAAGAGGGAAUCUGCAUAUUGAGAUGAAUCAAAUGCCUGUGAAGGAAUUAAGUGGAGCAACUGCCGGAAGUCAAGUUUUGCUUCCUUGUGAAAUCUGUGGAAGGCACUUUAAACAAGAUGUUCUGAUGAGGCAUUCCCCAAUAUGCCAGAAAGUCUUCAGCAAGAAACGCAAACCUUUCAAUUCCUUGAAACAGAGACUGCAAGGAACUGAAAUUACCACUGUGAAGAAACAGCCACAACCAAAGAAUCAAGUGCAAAAGAAAUCUAACUGGAGACAGCAUCAUGAGGACUUCAUGAAUGCUAUUCAGUCAGCCAAGGAAGUCACAAAAGCCAUGAAAGAGGGUCACCCUCUUCCCCCACCGCCUCCUCCAAGCAUCAAUCCAGACUAUAUUCAGUGUCCUUACUGCUCAAGAAGGUUUAAUGAGGCUGCAGCAGGGAGACACAUUAAUUUCUGCAAAGAACAAUCUACCCGACGUACCUUUUCACCAAGUACAAAAGCAGCCAAACCAGCCCUGGGCAAACAACCAAAGAGAGAACCAGCUUUAACAACUGCUGUGGACUCACUGCUUCAGAACAAAGCACAAGAAGCUGCCAAUGCAAAUCAGUUGAGGGCAGGAGCUAUUGUGGAGCCUUCUGCUGGAAUUCCACAGAAAACCAAAAAAACGAGUACAUCCUCUGGAAAAAACUAGUCCAGCGGAUUUAGGGCAGCCGAUGCAGAGCAGAAAGUAAAGUGGCAGGUCACCAAGGACUUGGUAUGGCUUUACUUCUAUAACAUCACUCCUGAAGAUCCUAGGAAGCUGUUCCAUCUGCAUUCCAAGCAUUGCACAGCUUAAGACAUGGA